CAAUUCUUAGAUCCUCUGAUUCCAUUGUAGAAAUCGGAAUUUUUCGAUCGAUGGGGAGGAGAAUAUUGAACGAUGCGUUGAGAACGAUUGUGAAUGCGGAGAAGCGAGGGAAAGCUUCGGUGGAAUUGAAGCCUGUCUCUACCGUUAUGUCUUCGUUUCUCAAAAUCAUGAAGGAGAAAGGGUACAUCAAGAACUUUCAAGUCUAUGAUCCACACAGAGUUGGAAGAAUAACUGUUGAUCUACAAGGAAGGGUUAAUGAUUGCAAAGCUCUCACUUAUAGGCAAGACCUUAAGGCAAACGAAAUCGGGCAAUACACAGAACGCACACUUCCAACACGCCAGUGGGGUUAUGUAGUGAUUACAACUCCCGAUGGCAUUUUGGACCAUGAAGAAGCUAUUAAACGGAAUGUGGGUGGUCAGGUUCUUGGCUUCUUUCAUUGAACUGAUCGAAUACGAAUAGAAACUCUGAUGGAGGGACUUUGAUAUGUCAAAAUCCUGCCACAACAUGUCAUGUGUCUGGCUUUUUCGACAUUGUUUGUUUGUUUCUUGUACUGCAGUUUGAGCAAAUUGGAAAUUAGAGAACAAAAUUCAUUUCUAUUGUGACAACAUUUCGAAUGUUAUUAUAAAAAUCUUCUUCGCAAA